CACCUCGCACGUUGAGCGGCCCUAAAUUGUGCCGAAUCACAAGGGCUAUCCCGUAAUGUUCCACUUCUUAUCCCCCUCAAAUAUAAAUCUCUGUCACCCUCCUCGCGAAAACCGCACAGAAAAUCAUCAAAGUGCAGAAAGAGAGAGCAAGAAAUGGAGGGUGAUCACAAGUUGAGGCUCUUCCUGGUGGUUUUGGCAUGCGUUGCCGGAGCCUCUAGAGCGCAGAGCGCUUCCAAUGUCAAGGCGAGGUACCAUUACUACAACCCCGAGGAGAACCACUGGGACUUGAACGCCGCGCACGCCUACUGCGCGCCGUGGUACGCGAACCAGUCGAUGGCGUGGCUCCAGAAGUGGGGUUGGACCGGGUUCUGCGGCCCAGCCGGGCCGACCGGGCAAGCGGCCUGUGGCAAGUGCUUGAACGUGACGAACGCGAAAACCGGAGCUAAGGCGACGGUGAGGAUCGUCGACACUUGCAGCGACGGAGGGCUGAAAUUGGACGCCAAGGUGUUCCGAAUGCUAGACACGACGAAGGAAGGAUACCAUUUGGGCUAUAUUAUGGCUAACUACCUGUUCGUGAGCUGUUAAUCCAUGGGACUUUCAUAAUCAGAAUCAGCGGGUGAUCGGUAGAGAGUUCUGGUUCCUAUGCCUGUGUGUACUUAAUUACAACCGUUGACUGAUCUUAUAAUAAAAAAAAAAUGGGUGCUUUUCUUCGUACCUUCUAGGGAACUCUUACCAUAUGAGACCUAAGUGUGAUUUGUCCACUCUCUUAUUUUGUCUUUUUUUCCCAUGUAAACCGUGUCUAAUGGUAUUAUAUAUAGAUGUAAUUAUAUAUAUGAAA